AAGAGGCAAAAGGGGAUCGAGUGGAAUGAACAGGCAGCAUGAUGGAACCCAGCACACUGUGAUUCAGUGUUGUCCCUGGGCUUAGCAGCAAUUCCAGUGAAAGACGUCUGAUGCAAGGGAGGGAGGAGGGGAGCAAGCUGGCUGCGAGUGGGGAGUGUGCGUCACUGGAUCAGGAGCUUUGGGCGGUGUAUGAUGCUAUUUUACAGGAGCAGAGUGGCGCAUUAAACAGUCAGUGUCUGCUUUGGUGAAAACACGGAGAUUCUGAGAUAUUUACAGUUGGAGAAAGAAAGGAAAGCGAAGGCGGUCUGUUGUUUGGUGUUCAGCUCAAGCCUUGUUGAAUGAAUCGAGGGGCGAUGGGAUGAAUAUUGUGGCGGAGGCAGGGAGUGCUGUGUGUGUGUGUGCAUCUUAUGUGCCUUGUUCCUUUCACAAACAAUCCGUUGGUCGAGGGGUUUGGAUGGGUGAGGGAUGGAGGCGGUGAGCAGAGCCCCGGAGAUUCAGCAGCAAGUCGAGAAGAAGAAGCUGCACCGAGCGCCGUCUCCGGCCAGACCCAAAGCGAUCCGGGGCUGGUCGGUGGCGAAAUCCAAAUGUAACCCGGGCUCCAAGCCGGCUCUGGGGAUCUCCCAGUGCCGCCUCUCCCGGCACAGCCCGGCUCUCAAGGACAUCAAACUGGGCAAAAUGCCCGCGGCUAAAGCGGCGGCGGUGAAGAAGCCGGAGAAAGGAGGAGGUGGAGGGGUAAAAGGCAGCGCCAGCGGCAAGAGGAAGAAGAUUCAGCGGCUCGCCAGCGCUGCCGCUCCGGCCCCGGGCACCGACUCCAGCUGCAGCUCCAGCAGCAGCUCCGAGCUCUCCGACUGCCCGUCCGAGCAACUCUCCGGCAUCCUGUCCCCCGGGGCCAGCGAGCACCGGGACGGCUGCCCCACUCCCCCCGGCCAGGAGGACGGCGGAUCCUCGGCCAGCGGCGGACAGUCGGACGGAGCGUCCGGAGCCAAGUCCCCGUCGAUGGGGAGCCGGCUUCAUGUCAGCAACUCGCUGGCCUUUUCCGAUUUCAGCGAAGAAUUCGUUGACAGCAUCCAGGAGGAAUUCCUGAAAGAGAUCGAGGAGCUUCGGUCUGAAAACGAUUAUCUGAAGGAUGAAAUUGAGGAGCUUCGAGCUGAAAUGCUCGAAAUGAGAGAUAUCUAUUUAGAAGAAGAUGUUUACCAGCUCCAGGAACUUCGUCAAGAGCUAGACAGGGCAAACAAAACUUGCCGGAUCCUUCAAUAUCGGCUGCGAAAGACUGAGCGACGAAGCCUCCGAGUAGCUCAGACAGGCCAAGUUGACGGAGAACUAAUCCGGAGUUUGGAGCAAGAUGUGAAGGUUUCAAAAGAUGUGUCUGUAAGACUUCACAAUGAACUGGAAGCAGUGGAGAAGAAGAGAAUAAAGUUAGAAGAAGAAAAUGAAGAUCUUCGACAGAAGCUCAUUGAAAUGGACGUCUCCAAACAGGUGCUACAGAAUGAAGUGGACAAAAUGAAAGAGAGCUCCCUGAAGAAAAGAGGUAGCCGCAUUGCUACAAAACCAGAAAAGAAGCCCAUGCUGCAGGAGGAUAGUGCUGAUCUGAAAUGUCAGCUCCAUUUUGCCAAAGAAGAAGCCGCUGUGAUGUGCAAAAAGCUGACCAAGUUAGUAAAAGAGAAUGAAAACAUGCGAGAGGAGCUGGUGAAGUACAGCUCUCUCUAUGGUGAUUUGGACAAUGCGGUGUCUAUUGGUGACAUUGGAGAAUCGCCUCAUGUCAGAGAAGCUGAGCUAAAAUUGCACCUAAAGCUGGUUGAAGAAGAAGCCAACAUUUUGAGCAGAAGAACAGUUGAGCUGGAGGUCGAAAACCGUGGACUGAAAGCCGAAAUGGAUGAUCUAAAGGGUCACGGUGAAAAAGACUCCUCAAACCAGGAUAUCAGACUGGGAAUUACCAGCACAAGCUACGGUGAGUUUGGGGAGAAUGUUGGGGAGCUCAGGCGUCACCUUCAGUUUGUGGAAGAGGAGGCAGAGCUUCUGAGGCGAUCCUUAAUUGAGAUGGAGGACCAAAAUAAGCACCUCAUGAAUGAACUGAAUAGAUAUAAAUCUGAGUCCAAUCAGGAGUCGUCAUGGUCAGAUAGUUGUCCCUCGUUGACCGAACCUUCCCAAGAAGAGCUAAUGACAGCAAGACUCCAAAUCAAUGACCUCAAUGGGAAAGUCAAGAAGCUGGAAUAUGAGAAUCGUGUGCUCGUUUCAAACCUUCAGCGUUAUGACUUGGCAUCCUACCACUGCCAAAAAUGUUCCCGAGAGCUUGAUGCUGACAUUAGUGACUCUGCAGAGAUGUCUUCACCCCAGCCAAGGAGAGAAGUACCAGUUGGAGGAGAAAAUGAUUCAAGGGAAACCCAAGAGAGAACCUCUGGUAGUGGAAGCAGCAGAAUUGCUGAUCAUGAUGAUGUUGCUGCAAAAUUCUUUGGAAGGAAAGACCUGGAAAUUCUGUUUAGCAUUAAAGAUCAAGCUGAACUUGUUCGCGAAGUCAUUGAUCUCUUAAUUUCAGACACAAGUGGCUUAAAUUCUGGUGUCAAGCUUUGUUCAACUAUUGAUUUGCCAAAUCAAUCCUUCAGUGAAAGUAAUGAUGAAGCUGCUAAUGCCAAUGAUCCUAAACUAAUGAGCAGCAUUAAUUCAAGGCUACUUGGCUUAAAGACUGAGUUGGCAUCAGUUACUGAGAAAAUUGAUUGUCUGGGCGAAACUAUCAGAGAAGAAAGCAGAAGUUUGUCCCCUUUACCCCAUCUAACAGAGUCAGCAAGCUUUCUAUCCACAAUGACAACAAUGUCUCAGGACUUGCCCAUGGAUUCUGUUGGAAAAGACUUUGCAGCAGAUUUAAAGCAGCCUGACUUUAGGGAUCAAGUGGACUGGCAGCAAGAUGUUAGCCAUACCCCGGAGAUCUGUGUAGCCAAUUCUGAUACCAAGGAGUACGGAGAAAAUGCCAAGGAUUAUACGGCUAAGGAUUAUAACAUCUACACCCAUGAGGAAAGUGACUCCUAUGCUUCAGAGGUCAAGGAACUACAACUUGAUUUAUCUGAAGCGAAGGAGACUAUCCGAGGACUGCAAGAACAGCUUGUUCAGGAAAGAGAGCUUCGAAAUGAAGAUGCAAUGAGAUUUCAACAGAAAAUGUCACAGCUUAAAGAGGAACAACAAAAGGCUCUUGUGCGAAGAGAUUUUGAGCUGCAGAGCCUGAAUUUGCAAACCAGACUUGAGCAGAAAUUCUGGAGUCAAGAGAAAAACCUGUUUGUGAAGGAAGCAGAUCAAUUCAAACAAAACCUCUUCCUUCUCUACAUGAAACUGAAAUGGUUCCUGAAACACUGGAAAUGUGGCAAGAAGAUGGAUAAUGACGGUGAUGAUUUACUAGAGGUUAACAGUGUGAAAGAUUUAUAUUUGCUGAUUGAAGAGGAGGAGCUGACCCCUCGCCAAGUGGACAAUAAGACUGUGAAAACAGAUGACCAAUCUCACAAUAUCCUUGAGGAGGCUUUGACUGUUCCAGUGGAGAAAUCUCCUCCUACAUCAUGUGCAAAGCAGUCAAAUGAAUAUAGUAGAGUUGUGGGAGACAUUAAAAUGAUUUUAAAGGACCUUUGCACAGAACUAAAGGAGGAAAGAAGGCGAACAAAUGAUCUUCAACACGAGUUUGCAAACGCCAAGUCAGCCUGGGAGAUAGAAAAAGUGGAGCUCAAAAGUCGUAUUGCACAACUGGAAGGUAGGGCUGGCAAAAUGACAUCUGAGAAAACUCCUGGUGAUAUGAAAUCUGCUUUGAAAUGGGAGAGAGAAGAACAUCAACAACUCCUCGCAGAGUCGUACAGUGCAGUUAUGGAUCUAACACAGCAACUUCAAAUCAGUGAAAAGAACUGGAGUCAAGAGAAGUUAGAGUUACUGGACAGAUUUAAUAAUGAGCGGAGCCACAGCGAGCAGCGUCUGAAGGAAAUGCAGCAUAAAAUCAAUCAGAUGCUGCAACACAGAAACAAUGAAAAGGAAACAUCAGAUGAAUUAGAGGCUAAAGGAACUAAUUUGCAACGGGCCAAAUCAGUUUCUUCCAUGUCUGAGUUUGAGAGCUUGUUGGACACAUCUCCGUAUUUACCUCCACCCUCUACACCCCUGCCAAAAGGUUUAAAUGAUCUUGAGGAGCUGAACAAGAAAAACUGGAAACACAAGAAUGCUAACGGUGCGUUAUUAAAUGAAAAAUCAGAAAGUGCGUUGAUCAACCAGUCAGAUGUGGAGAUGCCUGCAAUUUCAUCAUGGGAUUUCACUAUGACAGGAAAUCUAGUUAACCCACAUCUCAAUACAAAACAAAUACAAAGGAGUUACACAGCACCAGAUAGAACUGGUAUUCGCAUUUAUUACAGUCCACCAGUCGUGCGUAGGAUGGAUGGUUCUUUGGUUCAGAACAAUGAGGGAAAGAUUAUGAUUGAACCAGGUUUUCUGUUUACCAUGGCAAAACCCAAACAAACUGAGGACAUGGAGUUCCAUCCAGAGAAGGUGCACAAUAAGUGGUUUAAUAACUUUUCCAAGCACCGGGAUCUGUUGGAAAGUGACACGGGAGAACAUCCUGUUUCUGUUUCUGCUACUGCUGCUGUUACUGGGUUUCCAUCUGCUCUGCAUGAUCUGCAAAUAUCAGGUAAUAUGAGUGAUGACAUGAAGGAGGCUGCCAACUGUGUCAGAAAUGUUAUUUGUACAAAUUCAAUGGAAAGGAAGGUUAAUACUGCAAGCCAGACUGUUGCAGUUAUCAGUGUGGGCACUCAGACCACCCGAAGUAUUAGUAUUGGGCUGCAGACUGAGAGUCCAAGAUCGAUCUCUAGUAGCCUGCAUCGGUCAUGGGCAUCCAGGGGCUCCUUACUGAUGCCAACCCAGAGUUCACGGAGCAAACAACUCUCUUCAUCACUGGAAAAGGUGCCAACUAAGUUUGAACGCCCUUGCUGUUCACCCAAGUAUGGCUCACCAAAGUUGCAAAGAAGAAGCUCAUCGAAAAUAGAUCAUACAAGAGAGCGGAGUCCAUGGGCUAUGUCUCAUAGAGGACAAAAUGAGUCAGCCUGGGCUAGGUCAACUACUACAAGGGAUAGCCCAGUGCUCAGCUCAAUCAAUGAUGGAUUGUCCAGUUUGUUCAACGUUGUUGAACAUACAUCUGGAAGUGUCGACUCCAUCUGGAAAUCAAGCCAACAUGAGACGAAAACGAAAGGUGAUACAUCAAGAUAUGGGAUUGUUCAGGAGUUUUUCAGAAAUGUGUGUGGCAGAUCCCAGAGUCCAACAAAUGGAGCUGACAAGCCACUCAAAGAUCCAGUUUCUGAAGAAAGUGUCCGAAAAACAGAUGUGGCUGCUCCUCCAGGCCAAUCACAGACAGACAGUGUUUCCCGAAUUGUAAAUAAAAGACUUCCCAAGCAACCGAACAAGGAGGACCAAAAACCAACACCCUGUCCGGCGCAGGGAGCGAAAGAUCCAGACACACGGGAUGCAUGUGGAACACCUGGUCUACUUGAGGAAACAUCAUGUGAUUGUGCAUCUCAGUCACUCACCUCCUGCUUUCCAUCCAGAUCGUCGGUUCGCCAUUCGUUAUCACAGUGUAAAUCACGAUCUUUACCUUCAGACCCUAGCGUGGCUGACGAUAAGUCCGGCUGAAUCAUGAACUAUGCCGGGGCAAGGAAACAGCUUUACGUGGGCUAAAAUAAUCUCUGCAACUUCUGCUUUCUCUAAGAGCUUAAGUGAAUUUUUCAGAGACAUUUAGAAAAGAUGUUCAGGAUUUAUUGUCGUGGUCACUGUAGAUUGAAAGGUAAAAACUAUAGAGGCAAAGCUGACUAUUGAGUGAUCUUUAUCAAGAAAAUCUAAGGUGUCUAAGUUAUAAUGUGUAGGUGCUGGAUCAUUUCUGUAAUAGCUGUACAUAGAUAUUCAUACAGCAGGAGUGUUAAACUAAUUGUCAUAGACGACAGUCUCGACUUCUUUAAUUAACAUCCAUCUCUGCGCUACUCUCUUCCAACUGUCAUUUGUGAUCUAUAGAUGUGUCUGAGGCAAAGGAGGUGGACAAGACUUCAGUUGCUAUCGUUACACUCCAUAAACAUCCUUAACUAAGAGGAAUAAAUAUUUGUAGCACAUGUUUUGAAUUACACAUUAGGAAACUCAGAGAUCCCACGUACAAAUCAUUUCAAAUUUAGUUGUGUCUUGCCAUCAUGUGUAAAGAUCAUUAUAAGCUAGCAGAUUUCCUGUGGCGUUUCUGCCAAUGUGUCAACAUGGAGGAUAAAAUUUGACUUGAAUGGAGAAGCUGUGUGGGUGGUAUUACAUCAGUCACCUGCUGCUGUGCUUGAUAUUCUAUCUUAUUGAAGUCAAUGGGACUAAAUGUUGGAUGAUAAAUGUAUCAGGCAGCCAAUUUGAUACCAGCUGUUUGUACCACUGUUCAUGGCAGAUUUCAAUCCCACGCUGGAACGAGACUUGUAGGCAAUUGCCCUCUAAAUUUGUUUCUGUUAUACAUGGCCUGGUCAGUGAAUGCUUGACACCAUUAAGCUUUGAGCAACAAUGCACUCACGCAGUGUCUUAAAGGAAAUACUUAGGAGUGGCCUGUGUGAUGCAUUCCAAGUUGCAGUGCAAUUGUGCGUAGCUUAUCUGGAACACUGUUUAUAAAUGUUACUUAAACAAUGUAGUCAUAGCUCAGUUGGUUGCUUUGCAGAUUGUGAAUACUUCUAAGUUGGAGACUGCAGGUCAUAGACUAGCUUUCUCUCUCAUUUUCGAAUUGUUUUUCAUCUGUAACUAAAGUUUCUUUUCUAACGGGUAAUAAAAUUGGAUCUGGGAGUAAAAUAAAUUCCCACAUUACUUCUGGCCCAAAAGCUUGGGGAACACAUAAUCCAGUUGUACAUUAUUCUUCCUGAUGAUAAAUUCUAUCAGGAAAAUGACAUCUUUCAAAGAAAAACCAUUAAACUGGAGAAGGAGACAUUUAUGCUCCAGCUAUAAUAAGAAUGAAGCGGUCAGCUGUGUGCUAUAAAACAGGAACACCUCUUAAAGCUACAUUAAUUUAAGGAAACCAAAAGACUCCGUUAUCAUCAUUUAGACUGUUUGAGUUAUUUCACAUUAUUGCUUUGUGACAUACUGGACAAUGUGGGUUCUAUGGAUCAAAUGAACUGUUUUAUAGAUUGCACAACGAUCGGUGAUUGAUGGCAUAGCAACAUCGUUUCACAGCUGUUUAAAACCCUAGAGUCCACAGUUUAGCAGACGGGAAGCAAAUACUCAUUGAGCCAGAGCUCAGUGGGGUGGCACGGUGGCUCAGUGGUUAGCACUGCUGCCUCACAGGGCCAGGGACCCAGGUUCGAUUCCA